CACACACACACACACACACACACACACACACACACACACACACACACACACACACACACACACAGACAUGUGUAUCAAAGCAUCCUAUCGUGGCACGGCAUCAUCGCCACCAGCCGUGCAAAUUAAUUAAAACGUGGGAAAAUCUAACGCAAGUACAACCGGUAAGAAAAAUAGUUACGUUUCAUCUUGUCGGUAAUUAAACUCGAUGCAUUUGUUUGUGGAGAAUGAGUACACAUGCGUGGCUUUGUGUGGCUUGGCAAAAGGUGGUGUCGGCGAGGUUGGAGACGAGGCAGUGCAGGCGGUGAGAGCACAAGAGGAAAGAAGAGGAAACAUCAUGGACAGCCAAAAUCGUUCCUCGUCUUGUAUGCUAGUCGCAUUGGAGUCAUACGCUCCCUUCACGGACUUCACGAGGAGGCCCACGCCGCACAACUUCCGCGGAAUCAUGAUGCAAGUUCUGGCUAUCAUCGCUGAGAGGCUCAAUGUGUGCAUGGAGUACACGGCGGCGGCCAAUAACUUCUUCGGGCGGCGAUUGGACAACGGAACCUGGACGGGUAUGAUGGGUAUGCUGAAACGAAAGGAGGUGGACAUGAGCGGCACUCCAAUGACCGUGAGCGACGAGCGCCUCAUUGCCAUGGACCCCAGUGUUCAUCUCUACAUGGACAUUCAGACUCUAAUAUACAAGCGGCCCAGGAUUGAUUCAGACUUGAUGGGUUUCGUCAGGCCGUUCACGCUGCUGGUGUGGGUGUUUUUCGGGAUAGCGCUGGUAGUGAUGUCCGGCGCGGCCUUCGUGAUAGACAGCCAGUACAGCAGACUGCUCUCCCUCCGUUACUCCUAUCCUUCCUCCUCACCCAGCAUGAAGACAGUCAAGGAACAGCCGCACCACCGCAGUAUCUCCCUGGCCGACAUCUUCCAGUGGACCUUCGGGAUUUUUGUGGGGCAGUGCCCGGAGUGGAGGCUGCGAGGCUUUGCGAUGCGGGUCACCGCUGCCGUCUGGAUAUUCAUGACUCUGAUCAUUAGUGUCGUGUAUCGCUCCAACCUGAAAGCGAUGCUGAUCUCACCAAAGCUGCGUCUGCCUUUUGACAACGUGGAGGAGUUUCUGGAGACAGACAUUCCUGUACUAGUGCUUAAAGGCAGCAUGAUGGACAGACUAUCCCUGGCUGCUCCUCCGGGCUCUGCUCUCUACCGCCUCCGCCAACAGGCUAUCGAGCCGCACCACGACACGUUGCGCGGCACCUUCGAUUGCGCUGAGGGUCUUUACACCGUCGUCAGCAGCGGCCUUGGGGCAGAAAACGCCAUUAAUUUUGUAUAUUCUGUAACCAAGAGUUGCCCUAUGUACUGCGUGAAGAAGCCGAUUUUCUCCGGCCUCAGCAUGAGCAUGGGCUACACCAAGGGGUUCGUGUACCGCGCACAGAUUGACAACAUCCUCCAGCAGCUGCGCGACACCGGCAUCCUGGCACACCUCUACAACCAAGCACUCUCUAACUUCACCAAGUGCACCCGCUAUGUCAAGCUCUCAGACACAGGCGACUCACGGCGAGCGCUCGACCUCGGGGACUUCUACGGCGUCUUCACUGUCUUCGUCGGAGGAAUAUUAACGGCAGUGUUGGUGUUGGUGUGUGAAAUGAUAGUCAGCCUUGCCUCACGACGUACUCCCUACUAAAGCCCUGAGCCUCCACAGUCCACCCUCCGACUCACAACAACGGGAGUACACGCGUUGUAUUACGAUUAUGUUCUUAUCUUCUCAUUCUGAACGACAUCCUAUCUAGGUGAUGUUAUGAGACUUAACAAUAACAGUGCUUGACCAAUACAA